AUGACAGUUUCAAUUACAAUCUCUGGAACCACAAAGAAGGAAAGAAAAGAGAUAGAAAUAAACAGAGGGAGAGGGAGACGGAAGAAGAGAAGAGAGGAGGGAGAAGAGAGACCGCACGGCAAGGCUUGGUCAUGCCGCCGCAUUGCUGUCGCGUCAUUGUCACAGGGGAGAGAGAGAGAUGAGCCCGCACACGAGAUUGCGACGGAGAAGAAUGGAGAUAUACCGCCAUUACCGUCAUGCACCGUCCUGCCUCUGGAGCCAAUUGGAACCUUUGCCGUCGAGUCACGCCGUUGCCGUCAUUGUCGUCGCUCCGGCGGCAAGCGUGAGGGUCGACCAAGGAGAAAUAGGUAUGUGGAGGAGGGAGGAGCUGUUACGCCGUCGUCGAGCAACUGCCACCGCCGGAGCUCGCCGUUGAGCCUGCCUGCUUCGCGUUCUGCCCUUGCUCUGCUCCGCCGGGGGCUGAGCCCUUCCUCUCCCUGUUCAUCAGAGCUCGUGGUGUUGCUGUGGGAGUCGCUGUCAGAGGAGAGGAACUGUCGCCACCGCUGUUCCAUUGUGUCCUUCAUCGUCAACGUCGGGCGGUCACCGGAGUUGCUGAUGCUCCAUCCCUUAUUUUCUUUUUCUUUGGAAUAAAUAUUUGAUUAUGUGAGCUUUUCUAUCCAAGAGUAAUGAUCUGCAAUGGGUAUCUAUUCGUUGUUGAGUUCUUAGACGUCAUCUGCUCCAUAUGUCACAGGCAGGAUCCACCCAUAUUUAUUUUAUUUUUUUUUUGUUUGUUAAAAAUACGUAAUUAUUCAUUUUAGACAUUGUAAAUUUAUUUAAAAUAUUUGUAAUUUUCUUAUUCAACUUAUAUUUGAGUCGGUUAGGCUUGCUUGGGGAUUAUAUUCCUGAGCGCCGAUCAUGGCUCAUUUUGGGCCGUGACAAAGUGGUAUCAGAGCUUAGGUUUAAUCUGUGUAAUAUGGAGCAAGUGUCCUAUGGUAGGAUCACAAUUGUAUAAAUAAAAGCGCGCCUAUUUGUACAAAUUGUGGCACUAUCAGAGGCCUAUAGGAAUGUCAUCCUUGUCUUUUUGUCAUCCUUGUCUUCUGGUUCUUGUCAUCACGAGUCAUCUGUCGAUUCUUGACACCUCUUUCCUCUUCUUUAUACCCAACCUUGAGUUAUUAUUUUGUAGCU